UAUUUCAGUAGCCGUCCCUCUACCAGAUGGUUUUAGAAAGGCACUUCUGACCGCUUGUAGCAAUUGUGCAGAGGCUUGUGUGUGGCACCCUUUGCUCAGGUGGGCUCUAAAGGGCUUUACUGACUGUAUAUGCAAACCAUAACUAUACGCAGCAUCAUAGGACCCAGCGCUGACACAUCUCUGGGCUGGAAGAAGGUGAAUUAAAGGAAAUGAUCCAGUCUUAUACACGUCUGUAGUGCCGUGCAUCUCAUGCAUUUAUUACAUAACGUGCCCGCGACAAUCCAGCAUAAUCUUAGUUUAGGCAGAGCUCUAAUUACCACUAUGUUCACAGGAACCUGCAGCAACUUGGAAGAAUAAUAUUUAGUACCUAUAGCUGGCUAUAGCGCCUGAAGGAUCAUUCCAUUUCAUUGGUAUCCACACCAGUUCAGAAUCGCAUGUUACAGCAUAUUUAUGUAGCCUUUGAAACUGUCUAUUCAGAGCUUCCCAGUAAAAUAAUGGCUGCUAAUACUACAUUAAGAUUUCAAUAGUGCUUUAUCUCAAAGCACUUUGCAAAAAUCUGUAUUCUCUGUACCCAUGAAUUAUUUCAUCCAUAACCGAAAUGUACUCACUUCUUUGCGAAAUGUGGCCUAAGCCUUACAGAAUAUCCCUCUGUGCCGGGCUCUUUCCGGUGCACAUGCUCCCCAGCAGUGCAGAAUAAUCAUUUUAAAUACUUUGCCCUUCUGUAGUCCUUUCAUCUGAGACCUCAGAGCUUUUUGUAAAUGUUAAUUAAGCUUCAUGGAGGGGGUGUGAAAAUAUCAUCGUUCCCUUCUAACAGAUAGGGAAACUGAGGCUGAGUCGUGCUGUGACUUGCCUAAAGUCACCCAGGAAGUCUGGCAGAGCUGGGAAUAGAACCCAGUCACCUGAAUCUGUUUUGUGCCCUGAACACUUCUCUCAGUUGUGCAUUUGACUGAGAGAUCACUGCUCUACAAAAUGCAACUGAGCCAGGAUUUUUGAUGGAACGCAUAGAUUAUUAUAAAUCUUACAUUUCUCUGUCUCCCUUUUUCCUAAAGACCCCAAAAUACCUACUAGCCUGCAUAGACAGGAAUCUCUUCUACGUGUGAAAUGAAAAGCAGUGGCAAUUAAGUACAGAAAGUGAAGAGUAACUGCAGAGUAAAUUAUUAAAAUCAUUAAAUUAAAAUGAUAGUAAAUUAAAUUGCAAGCUCCUUGAGGUGUGGUGGUCAUGUCAUAACAUAGUUGAGGAGCCCUGUGGCUUUGUCUGAUGCUAUAUAAAUAUAGUGUUUCCCUUUUUGACAUAUAAUUCAGAAGUCAAACUGAUUUGAUAAUGUUUUUCAUUUCUCUAGUUCAUUUCAUUCUAGAAUACCAGGGACACAAUGGAAGGAAAAUGGAAUCACUAUUUUAUUUAUAUAGCAUCUGCCUCGAAGUACAAGAUGCCUUACAAUUUAAAAAGAAAUAUUCAGGUGAAAUGAGUGACCAAAAUACCAGUUAGAAACUUCAGUUAGAUCAGACUGUCACUGUUUCUGUGUGGUAGCGUUUCAGAUGUCAGACUACUGAACUAAUAUUUUGCAUUUUUAAUAGUGCUUAAUCCCUAAGGAUUCCGAAGUGCUGCACAAACUAGAGUAUGAUCCUGAAGUGAAUUCUUGAGUUCUACCUUGUAAAUACUGUUAUUUGUAUAUACUGUAAAUGAUGACAUCGGUGGGCACUAGCCGAGCCCGGGGGAGCUGGGAGCAGACACAGACACAGAGCCAGACACAGCACAAGCAGCGGCCACAGGCCACUGCAGAACAGAUUCGACUUGCACAGAUGAUUUCGGACCACAACGAUGCUGACUUUGAGGAGAAGGUGAAACAACUGAUUGAUAUCACGGGCAAGAACCAAGAUGAGUGUGUGAUUGCUCUGCACGACUGUAACGGGGAUGUCAACAGAGCCAUCAACGUGCUGCUGGAGGGGAAUCCGGACACGCAUUCCUGGGAAAUGGUUGGGAAGAAGAAAGGAGUCUCUGGGCAGAAGGACAGCGGGCAGACAGAACCCAGUGAAGAAGGCAAAGAGAACCGGGACAGGGAUCGGGAUUACAGCCGGCGACGUGGCGGGCCACCGAGGCGAGGCCGAGGCACCAGCCGUGGAAGAGAGUGUAUGAGCCUGCCCUUUAAUAGCAACUAUAACUAUCAUGUUCGGGGCCAGGAGAAUGGACUGGAUGGUGGUAAGAGUGGAGGCUCCUCUGGAAGAGGCACGGAGAGAGGGAGACGGGGCCGCGGACGAGGCAGAGGUGGCUCUGGAAGGCGGGGGGGAAGAUUUUCUGCCCAGGGAAUGGGAACUUUCAACCCAGCUGAUUAUGCAGAGCCAACCAGCACGGAGGAGAACUAUGGGAAUAGCAACAACACAUGGAACAGUACCGGUAGCUUUGAGCCCGACGAUGGGACAAGACUUGAUUUCAUUGGGGGUGAGGGCUCAAAUUAUCCCCGAAAAUUUGACACUGCUCCUGGUGCAUGGAGGACAGCGACGGAGGAAUGGGGAACAGAGGACUGGAAUGAAGAUGUAGGUACUCUCAAUCCCCUCCCCAUGAUAGAAGGGGAACAAAACCUGCUAGCUGAGGACUGUAGGAAUAGCCCCAAACCAGGCUCCUUGUUCCAGGAACUGCACUGCACGACUCAGCUUUCGGAGACCAAGAUCUUCACUGCCUCCAGUGUGUCUUCAGUGCCUCUGCCUGCAGAGAAUGUGACAAUCACAGCUGGCCAGAGAAUUGAUCUUGCGGUGCUGUUAGGAAAGACACCUUCUUCUCUGGAGAAUGAGUCAUCAAACCUGGAUUCAACCCAGGCUCCUUCUCUUGCCCAGCCUCUUGUGUUCAGCAAUUCCAAGCAGACGGCUAUAUCCCAGCCUGCAUCUGGGAAUGCCUUCCCUCAUCACAGCAUGGUGAGCAUGCUGGGGAAGGGGUUUGGAGAGGUUGGAGAGGCCAAAAGCAGCAGCACCACAGGCUCUCAAUUCCUGGAGCAGUUCAAGACCGCUCAGGCUCUGGCGCAGCUGGCGGCUCAGCACACCCAGCCUGGCGGGAGCAACACCUCCUCCUCCUGGGACAUGGGAUCCCCAGCACAGCCCUCGGCUCUCGUGCAGUAUGAUCUAAAGAACCCGACGGACUCAUCCGUUCACAGCCCCUUCACCAAGCGUCAGGCUUUCACGCCAGCCUCAGCGAUGAUGGAGGUGUUCAUGCAGGACAAGCAGCCUGUGGUGACAGCCUCUACAACGGCACCGCCCCCCCCGUCUUCCCCUCUGCCCAGCAAAACCAACCCUGUUCCCCAGAUGUCCCCGGGGUCAUCGGACAACCAGUCCUCCAGUCCCCAGCCAGUGCAGCAGAAGCUCAAGCAGCAGAAGAAGAAAGCCUCCUUGACAUCUAAGAUUCCUGCUCUCGCGGUGGAAAUGCCUGGCUCAGCAGAUAUCUCAGGGCUAAACCUGCAGUUUGGGGCAUUACAGUUUGGUUCGGAGCCUGUUCUCUCGGAGUACGAAUCAACGCCCACGACGAGCGCCUCUGUGAGCCAGUCUCAAAGCAGCCUCUACACCAGCACUGCGAGUGAAUCUUCGUCCAAUCAAAGCCAGGAGUCUGGUUACCAGGGCGGCACAAUACAGACAGCAACGUAUACCUCCCAGAACAGCGCUCAGGGACCACUGUAUGAACAGAGAUCCACCCAGACCAGGCGAUACCCAAACUCCAUCUCCUCCUCGCCCCAGAAAGACCUGACCCAGGCCAAGAAUGGUUUCAGCUCUGUGCAGCCCACACAGUUACAAACCACGCAGGCCGUCGAAGGUGCUCCAGGCCCUGUGGUGAAAUCAGAUUCCCCCUCUGCCCCCAAUAUCGCACCUCUGAACGAUGCAGUAUCCGCAUCAUCCCUGCUGACAACAGCCAGUCAGCACUCAUCAGCUCUGAGUAGCCUGAACCACGCUGAGGAGCUCCCCAGUACGACCACCGCCCAACUCAGCAGCACGUUACCCACCCAGCAGAACAGCCUCUCCUCGUCCACGUCCUCUGGGCGCACAUCAACGUCAACUCUUCUGCACACUAGUGUGGAGAGUGAAGCAAGCCUCCAUUCUUCUGCUAGCACUUUUUCCACCUCCUCCAGCACAGUCUCGGCUGCCCCACCUGUGGUCAGCGUCUCCUCCAGUCUGAGCAGCGUCAGCAGCCUGGGCCUGAGCCUCGGCAGCAACUCCACCGUGACGGCCUCCACGCGCAGCUCUGUGGCCACAACAUCAGGAAAAGCCCCUCCCAACCUCCCUCCUGGAGUUCCACCAUUGUUGCCUAAUCCGUACAUCAUGGCUCCAGGGCUCUUACAUGCCUAUCCGCCACAAGUGUAUGGUUAUGACGACUUGCAGAUGCUUCAGACGAGAUUCCCAUUGGAUUAUUACAGCAUCCCGUUCCCUACCCCCACCACCCCGCUGACUGGCAGAGACAGCAGCCUGAGCAGCAAUCCGUAUUCGGGUGACCUCACGAAGUUCGGCCGAGGCGACGCCUCCUCCCCUGCUCCAGCAACAACUCUGGCGCAGCCUCAGCAGAGCCAGACGCAGACGCACCAUACCACGCAGCAGACGUUCCUGAACCCAGCUCUGCCUCCUGGCUACAGUUACACCAGUCUGCCAUACUACACAGGGGUACCAGGGCUCCCCAGUACCUUCCAGUAUGGGCCCGCCGUGUUCCCUGUCGCUCCUACCUCUUCCAAGCAGCAUGGUGUGAAUGUCAGCGUCAACGCAUCAGCAACCCCUUUCCAGCAACCCAGUGGCUAUGGCUCUCAUGGAUACAGCACCGGUGUAUCCGUGACAUCCAGUAACACGGGAGUGCCAGACAUCUCGGGCUCCGUCUACUCCAAGACCCAGCAGUCCUUCGAGAAGCAGGGAUUUCACACUGGAACCCCGGCAGCCUCGUUCAACUUGCCUUCAGCACUAGGCAGCGGCGGCCCCCUCAACCCUGCGACAGCCGCAGCGUACCCACCGGCGCCGUUCAUGCACAUCCUCACCCCGCAUCAGCAGCCCCACUCGCAGAUCCUCCACCACCAUCUGCAGCAGGACGGCCAGGUACUGCAACAGCUUCCAUAUUUGCAGAUGAUACUGUGCUGCCAACGCCAGCAGGAGGACCAGAGCGGCACCGGACAGCGCAGCCAGGGCACCUCCAUCCCCCAGAAAUCCCAGGCCAACAAGUCCACCUACAACAGCUACAACUGGGGCGCCAACUGAGGCUGCAGCGGCCCUGCGCACCUCGCCACUCGCUUCUGGAAGAGAAACGUACCGAAAACGACAACAAAGGAACCCGGGGAGGAGAGAGCGCCCCCUAUCCCCCGGCACAGCGCCAGCAGCCCCCGGGGCAGGCCGGCCGCUUGGCUCUGCAUUGUGUCUGUUUUCAGCCACCUUUCCUGUUGUAUGUAAUAUAGAAUUUGUAUUUUCUCUCUCUCUUUCUCUCUCUCUCUGCGUUCAGACUCUGAACCGUUUGCCGUAGGGGCCUUUUUUGGUUUUUACUCCUUUCUCUCUCUCCCCCCUUCUCCCCACGUCCUGCUGCCCCCUGACCCCGCUGGACCCAAAGGAGUGGAAAGCUGCAAGCCCACCUACAGCAAACCCCCUUUAAUAUUAGGAAUAAGAACAGUAAUUGAUAUGAACAGCAUUGUCCGAUGAAUUAGUUGAAGUGUUUUUUGUACUGUGUUCUAAAUUUAAUGGAUAAAUGUGUCUUGUAUAUAAAAACGAAAACCCCA